UCUCAUGUGCAACUGCUCUUUUGAAAGAGCCUCCCUCCCUCUCCUCCCUCCCUCCCUCUCAUAUGCAACUUCUCUUUUGAAAGAGCCUCUCUGCCUCUCUCAUAUGCAACUGCUCUUUUGAAAGAGCCUCUCCCUCUCUCUCUCUCUCUCUCUCUCUCUCUCUCUCUCAUAUGCAACUGCUCUUUUGAAAGAGCCUCUCUCUCUCUCUCUCAUAUGCAACUGCUCUUUUGAAAGAGCCUCUCUCUCUCUCUCUCAUAUGCAACUGCUCUUUUGAAAGAGCCUCUCUCUCUCUCUCUCUCUCUCUCUCUCUCUCUCUCUAUUUCCGGGCGAUUUCAAACUUGGGUCGAUCUUGCUUUCUUUCCAGACCCCUUUGAUUUCUCCUUCUCCCUCUCAUUUGUUUCAUGACGACUUCAAUAAAGAACAGCUUCUUGCCUCCUUCUCUUGUUUCCAAUCUCCAAGAAGUUCUUAUUAGUAGGAAAGGCAGCGGCAAUGGUGAACACUCUACUGCUGAGAAAACCAUAGCCUCCUCCUCUUCCAUCGACGUACUCAUUUCAUCCGAUACCGAUUCCGCAAAAGAUAGUUCGAAACCCAUCGUUCUCGUGACGAAUGGGGAUGGAAUAUGCGCGCCGGGGAUCACAGCCCUUGUUGAUGCAUUGGUUCGUGAGGGACGGUGCAAUGUCUACGUCUGUGCCCCCGAAUCGGAUAAAUCCGCUUCGGGACAUUCGGUUACAGUUCGGGAGACACUUGCUGCAAGGUCUGCAGAAAUCGUUGGUGCCACUGCUUAUGAAGUUUCUGGGACUCCUGCUGAUUGCAUUUCUCUAGCUUUGUCUGGGGCAUUGUUUUCUUGGUCAAGACCUGCACUGGUAAUCAGUGGAAUUAACAAGGGAUCGAGCUGUGGCCAUCACACGUUCUACUCAGGUGCAGUUGCCGGAGCUAGAGAAGCGUUAAUUUGUGGUGUACCUUCUAUAUCGAUUUCAUUGAAUUGGAAGAAUGAUGAAAGCCGCGCAAGUGAUUUCAAGGAUGCAGUUGAUGUUUGUCUUCCAUUAAUUCAUGCUGCGAUAAGUGAUGUAAGGAAGGGCCUUUUCCCCAAGAGUUGCGCAUUGAAUAUAGAAGUUCCUACCUGUCCUUCUACUAAUAAGGGAUUCAAAAUCACCAGGCAGAGUCUAUGGCGGUCCAUCCCAAGCUGGAAAUCUGUAUCAGCAAACAGGCACCCCUCUGCAGGGGGUUUCAUGUCCAUGCAACAAAGCCUUGGCAUCCAGCUUGCACAGCUUAGCCGAGAUGCCUCUGCAGCUGGUGCUGCACGCCGCCUCCAGUCACAGAGGAAGAAUGUUGAGAUUGAAUCAGUUGCAGCAGGAAAAUCUGAUCCUCAAAGGGGAACAGUGAAAAAGUACUUCCGUCUAGAGUUCUUGGAGAAGGAAAAAGAAGACACAGAUGAGGAUCUCGAUUUCAAGGCGCUUGAAAAUGGCUUUGUAGCACUAACUCCUCUAUGUUUCCUAUCCCAUGUCGAGUCAGAAAUACAGACCUCUGCAUCGGACUGGCUCACAGCUGCCCUUACUGGUGACAGAUAAGGUCUCUCAUUUUGUGGAUUUGGCAAAUAGCAACUCUUGAAGGAUGAAAAUUUUCUGGGCAGAUCAAUGAAUUUCAAGGGGUAAAGAUUUGCCGAAUUCCCUAUGGGGCCAGGCCUUUUGGCUGGGGGUAAAUAGAUUUGAGGUGUGUUUGUAUGGAAGUGAAUGCAUGGAAAUGAAAUAAAAUGGGAGUAAAUGGACCUGUGAAUGAAAUCCUCUCUGGGAGAGCAUUUGGAAGUAAAUGGAGGUGAAAUUGCAUUUUGAGCUCCUUUGGAGAGUGGCAUGAGUAAACAAAGGUGCCACUAUGCACACUACUGCCACGCAUGUGGCAUGCUACUCUGAAACAAUCUAAUUAUUGGUUACAUCACUAAAAUCGUACCAAUAGAAUGAUCCAAACUAUCCAAAGGUUGACCAUAUAAAUGGAUGGUAAAAGAAUGUUGGCAAGUUGCUUAUUUGUGAUCAUUGCGUUUGUGGCCCACCUGAGGCUCGCAAAUUUCUCAUUUUCGGCAAAAGUAUAUGCUUCAAUGGGUUUAUUACAAUCAUUCUGUUAAAUAUCAAAUGCACACUAAUUUGGGAUAUUAAAACUGAUUAGAAAUAUCGCUUAAGUUCUUAUGAAUAUAUUGAAAAAUUCUAAUGCGGCAUGCGUGGGUGUGUGGCGGGUGCAUGU